AUGAGCAAUUCAAACAUCAUAGAUUUAUGCAGUGAUGAUGAAAUGGGUGAGUCAAAUAUGAAAAAAUGUACAAGGGAGAUUGAGCCUGACUUUGAUUCUGCAUCUGCACCCUCAGUAUGCCCAACACCAAUUUCUCGGCAAUUUUGGAAAGCUGGACGCUACGAAGAAAAGCAGGGACAGAGGUGCAAAGCCGCAAACCCAUAUGGAAAAAACCAUAUGCGCAUACACCCUAUGUUCCUUCACUCAAAUGCCACUUCACAUAAGUGGGCUUUUGGAGCCAUGGCAGAAUUGCUUGACAAUGCAGUCGACGAGAUAGAAAAUGGAGCUACUUUUGUUAGCAUAGACAAGAUGUCUACCCCACGGUAUGGGACUCCAGCUUUGCUAAUUCGAGGUUGGCCUACCAAUCCUUUUACCUUUGUUUUUUCUAUUAAUAUCUGGACCAGGAUAACAUCUCAUAUGCACUUUUGGCUUCUGAAACAUGAUAUUCGACAACAAAAAGAUGAUGGUGGCGGAAUGGACCCCGACGCUAUAAGGCGCUGUAUGAGCUUUGGGUUUUCAGAUAAGAAAUCAAAGUUAACCAUUGGACAAUGUAUAGAUUGUACUUGGGGUCAUUGA